AGUCUCAGUACCUCAGGCGGCUUUAAGUGCUACGUGAAACGCUCGGAAACAUAGCACGAACCCAUCGUCAUCAAAAUCUCCUAUUAUUAUUAACACCGCAUUCCUUCUCUCAUCACACAGAAAAAUGGCUCAAAAUGAUUCGCUUGCUCAGCUUCUCGCCUCUGCAGUUGACGCCGCCAAGAAAGCUGGCGAGAUAAUUCGAAAAGGGUUCUACGAGACCAAACAUGUGGAGCAUAAAGGCCAGGUGGAUUUGGUCACAGAAACUGAUAAGGCAUGUGAAGAUCUCAUAUUUAAUCAUCUCAAGAACCUUUACCCCACACACAAGUUCAUUGGGGAAGAAACUACUGCUGCUUGUGGUGUAACAGAGCUGACUGACGACCCCACAUGGAUAGUUGAUCCCCUGGAUGGAACCACUAACUUUGUGCAUGGGUUCCCCUUUGUCUGUGUCUCAAUUGGUCUUACAAUUGGAAAGAUUCCAACAGUUGGUGUUGUUUACAAUCCAAUAAUCGAUGAGCUUUUUACUGGUGUACGUGGAGGAGGUGCAUUUCUUAAUGGAAAGCCUAUAAAAGUAUCAUCUCAGACCGAACUUGUGAAGUCUCUCCUUGCAACUGAGGCUGGGACACAACGUGAUAAAUUAACUGUGGAUGCUACUACAAACAGACUAAAUAGCUUACUUUUUAAGGUGAGAUCUCUUCGCAUGAGUGGCUCCUGUGCACUGAACCUCUGUGGAAUUGCAUGUGGGAGGCUUGAUCUAUUUUGUGAACUCGGCUUUGGGGGUCCUUGGGAUGUGGCAGGUGGUGCUGUGAUUGUUACAGAAGCUGGAGGAUGUGUGUAUGAUCCAUCUGGUAAGGAGUUUGACAUCACAGCUCAAAGAGUAGCAGCAUCAAACCCUUUGCUUAAGGAUGCAUUUGUUGGGGUUUUGCUGGAAUCGGAAUGAGACAGCCUCUAUCACUACAUCAAAUCUUUCAAGCUGAACAUUUUUCCAUGAAGCAGGAUCCGCAUUUGAUUCAAUUGUAUUUUGUGCAUAGGCAAUGCCAAAUUAGUUGUCGAACCAAUUUAGAUGACAUAUCUUCGGUAAUCUUGCUCUAAACUACUAUGUGUGUUUUCGUAAUGAUGCAUAGCUGAGAGAUUCUUCAUGAAUGACUUGCAAAAUAGUCAAUCUGAAAA